GUAUAUCACAAAUACACUUUUAAAAAACGAACAUAAAUUCCAGUGUGACAUUGUGGUCACUGCCCUGUCUAAGAGUAAUAAAUAGAACGACAACAGCUUUCCUGCCAUUCUGUUGAGUGUGUGGAAGAGGCUCAUGAUACCUGUGUUGUGCAGUUUCCCGAUCCCUGAGAUACUGGAACGUGGUCUGCCUGCCUGAGCGUACAGGGCUUGCGUGACAAGAAAAUCUAUCAAUGGAGGCGGAGACUAACACAGAAACAUCGUGAAGCAAGCAGCAGCUGAUGCAAGCUGGAUGUAGAAACUGCAUGUAAAUAAGGAAUAACAGCAGCAGCAAUGGAAUCCAUUUCCAUGAUGGGAAGCCCAAGGAACAGCAAGGAGAUGUUCUUACCAAAUGGCAUGAAUGGUGUCAAAGAAGGAAACAGAGCUACAAUCGGGGUUAUAGGAAGCGGGGACUUUGCCAAAUGCUUGUCUCUCAGGCUCCUGAGGUGUGGGUACCACGUUGUGGUUGGGAGCAGGAGCCCCAAGAGGGCUGCUGAGUUCUUUCCGCAUGUAGUUGAUGUUACCCACCACGAAGAUGCAGUGGCCAAAGCUAAUAUUCUUUUUGUCGCCAUACACCGAGAACAUUACGCUUCAUUAUGGGACCUCAAGCACCUUUUAGUGGGCAAAAUCCUUGUGGAUGUGAGUAACAAUACUCGGAUGAACCAGUAUCCAGAAUCCAAUGCAGAAUACCUGGCUUCCCUUUUUCCUGAUUCGUUUGUGGUUAAAGGAUUCAACGUUAUCUCAGCCUGGGCAAUGCAGUCCGGGCCAAAGGAUGCCAGCAGACAGGUGUACAUCUGCAGCAAUUUGGUAGAAGCCCGCCAUCAAGUCCUAGAAGUGGCUCGUCAGCUAAACUUCAUCCCUGUUGACCUGGGGACAUUGUCUUCUGCCAGAGAAAUAGAAAACAUACCUCUUCAAUUGUUCACCCUUUGGAAGGGACCCGUGCUUCUAUCUGUCAGCCUUUCAAUCUUGUUUUUCAUCUAUUCGUUCAUCAGAGAUAUUAUACACCCCUAUGUUAACAAUCAGCAGAGCGACUUCUAUAAGAUCCCCAUAGAGAUUGUCAAUAAGACCCUGCCUGUCGUCGCAAUAACUCUUCUGUCGCUGGUAUACCUGGCAGGUCUGCUAGCUGCAGCUCACCAGAUUUAUUAUGGAACUAAAUACCGGCGCUUUCCUCACUGGCUGGAUGGGUGGCUGCAGUGCAGGAAGCAGCUGGGGCUGCUUAGUGUUUUCUUUGCUUCAGUUCACGUUCUCUACAGUAUCUGUUUACCAAUGAGAAGAUCUGAGCGCUAUCUCUUCCUCAACAUGGCAUUUCAACAGGUUCAUGCCAACGUUGACAAUUCUUGGAACGAGGAAGAGGUAUGGAGAGUAGAAAUGUACAUUUCCUUUGGAAUCAUGAGUCUUGGACUGCUCUCGCUGUUGGCUGUUACCUCUAUUCCUUCAGUUAACAGUGCUCUUAACUGGAGAGAAUUCAGCUUCAUUCAGUCUACACUGGGGUACGUAGCUCUGCUCAUAACUACAUUCCAUGUGUUAAUCUAUGGCUGGAAGCGAGCCUUUGACCAAGAAUACUACAAGUUCUAUAUGCCACCAAACUUUGUCAUAGCUCUGGUAUUGCCUGUAACAGUUAUAGUGGGUAAGAUUGUCCUGCUGCUUCCUUGUAUGAGCGGUCGACUCAGACGAAUCCGAAGAGGCUGGGAGAACAGCCAGUAUAGAAGUGAGGUUUCAGGAGCAGCCUCCCAGGUCUCACCAGAGCGCAUUACUGUUAUGUAAAAACAGUAGCAGAUGAAUUACAGUACUCCAUAAAAUAACUGAACACGAUGCGUUUGAAAUAAAUCUAACAGAAAUCAUGUACGCCACACUCAGACAACUUAAUGUCAGGGUAUUACUAGUCUUCAUUUUGUCGUAGUUCCUUAAUAAUUUAACACAGUUUAUACAGUUGAGUAUUGUCCUAGUAUUUCAUAUUUCUUUUUUGUCAAGUCUUGCCCUCAGUAGUAGACAGUAACUAUUGUUUGUAAAUGUUGAAGAUUGCCCUUGCCAUGUCCUACGUGUUAAACAGCAGCAAGGCUACUGAAAUGAAAUGCUGACUGUAUUUCCACAAAGAGCUUCUUCCAUUUCUCAGUGUAAUGCGAGGAGAGGUUCUCUGUGCAACACUGGAGUGGACUGUUCUGUGUAAAUAUAUCAGUGUACUUGGAAGCUAUUUGACAAACAUUAAACUGCGCUUCCUGACAAACCUGCUGUUAACUCGUAUUUAGCUGGGAAAUUGUACUGAGUGAUCUUGUAUAGUCUGAAAUCCAGAGUCUAAUUAACAGAGCUGGGGCUUUGGUUUGUUCAAAGUCUGUUUUCAUGAAAAGUUAGAUAUUCAUAAAGUGUUCUAGACUAUUGUUGAAGAAACCAAACUCAGUCUAGAACAGUUAAACCAAUGCAAAACUUUAUUUUUGAAAAGACUUGUGCUCAAACCCAGUUUCACUUAUUAAAUUGUGUAAUCAGAAACAACCCAAUGGCCGGAGAACUGUGUUUUAUUAUUUUUCAUAUCAAUGAUAUGGUCAUUUGCUUAU